CCUGGAGCUCAGUGUUGCAAAACGCCAUCUCCUACAUCAAUUCCAGAUCCGAUAAUUAGUGCGAAAGCUUAAUUAUACGUUAAAAGCUAACGGUUUGGUUCGACUUUGGCAAUCCGGUUUGACUUGAAGCAACUAAGCUCUAAUAUUGCAUUACACUAGACCGCAAAUCGCAGUAAGAAUAAUUAAGCCACAAAGCCUACGCCCUCGCUACUUUGCCUUUCUAAUCUGUGUUACGAAGUCUCAGGGUUUACUGUCUCUUAUCUGGAAUGUACAAUCCGAGGUGCAAAGACCUUGACCGGGACUAUUUUCCCAGCUAUCACACGACCAGGUUUCAGGAUCAGCCGGAACCGAAUUUAGCCAUAUUGGAGCACUUUGUGCGGGUGACCAAGCAGCAUGAAAGGGAACUUACCGAGAAGCAGGGCAUCAUUGUGGACCACUUGCGCUACGGAGGAGGUCGUCAGUUGGUGGACAUGUUCUACAGCGAUAGGACCUCCAACCAGGCUCCGCUGUUCGUCUUCGUGCACGGGGGCUACUGGCAGGAGAUGGACAUAAGCACGUCCUGCUCGAUUGUGGGCCCCCUAGUGCGACGAGGAUACCGUGUGGUCGUCAUGGACUACAACCUGUGCCCGGAGGUCACGCUCGAGCGGCUGAUGUCGCAGUUCACCGACUUCCUCAACUGGAUCUUUGACUAUGCCGAAAUGACCAAUGUGCAGGAGAUGACCUUCGCCGGACACUCGGCCGGUGCUCACUUGCUGGCCCAGAUACUCAUUCGCCCGAAUGUGAUUUCACCCCAGAGGAGCAAGAUGGUGUGGGCUUUGGUCUUCCUGUGCGGCGUCUACGAUCUGAGGGAGCUCUGGAACCUGGAAUCGGUUAAUCCCAAAAAUAUUCUGGGGCUCAACGAACGGAAUAUAGAGUCCGUGUCGCCGAUGUUGUGGGAAUACACCGAUGUAUCCGUUUGGAACUCCACCAAGAUCUAUGUGGUGGCCGCAGAGCAUGACAGUAUCACCUUCAUCGAGCAGAGUCGCCACUUUGCUGAAGUGCUGACAAAGAAGGGCUACAAAGCGAGCUACACGCUCUUCAAAAACUACGACCACUUCGACAUCAUCGAGGAGACGGCCAUCGACGAAUCGGAUGUAUGCCGUUUUCUACGCAACAUUCAAAUUGAAUAAACGGGGGCAGUUUCGCUUUCUGUCAUCAUUUCUCA